AUGUCUGCAAGCAAUUUAACUUUACGUAUAUUUGGCUUGCAUAAUCAUGAAUUCGUUGAAGUCUGCAUGAAAAUUCUUUACCAAGUCGAACUGCAACGCACAACACUCGAGCAAAUGUGGGGCUUUUCCGUGGAAGCAGAACUUAUUGAGAACGCAGAACGACAGGAUGAGUUGUGCUGUUAUGUCAGUCGUGUCGAGGAUAAGAGUGUGGCAAUGCAUAAUGGCAUCAUCAAGGGAGAUGAGAUAAUGGUGAUCAAUGGCGCAAUUGUAUCCGAUCUGGAUAUGAUGUAUCUUGAAAGUGUCCUACAGGAGGAGCAAUCAUUGAGCAUGAUGAUGCGUUCAUCUCGCACAGAACCACCAGAUCUAGUUGGAAUUAUGCGCGUCACUGACGACAUGAUUGAUUCAUUAGUUUGUCCACCGCCACCAUCUGAUCCACCAGUAAUGAGCGAGGAGAUGAUAUCCGGACUAAUUGUACCAGCGCCUGGUUGGAACGGCACUGGCAAGGACUUGUAUUCACCGGAAGCGGAAAGCUCUCCAGCACCAUCAUCAGUAGAGCCAACACCACAAAUGAUCGCACAGGGCACCAAGCCAACAUCACGCACCAGCAGUUUCGAAAUUGAGAAUUUGUUGAAAACUGCGGAACAGGAAACCCGCAAAUCAAGCCCCACUGGUUCGGUUACUUCAUCAGUCUCGAACACAGCACUAACACCAUCUCGACAACUAACAGAUGCUGAGAAAUUACGAAAGGUCAUUCUGGAAUUGGUUGAUACAGAAAGAACUUAUGUUAAGCACUUAAAUAAUCUAUUGGAACAUUACUUGGAGCCAAUGAAACGUGAAACAUUCCUGUCAAAUGCUGAAAUUAAUGCGCUGUUCGGUAACAUCCAUGAAAUUGUGACAUUCCAAAGACAAUUCUUGCAAAAUCUAGAGGAAGCGCUUGAACUAGAACCCGACUUUCAUAAAUUUGACCAUUCCAGUCAGUUCCGGAACGUACUGUUUGCGAUUGGUUCCGCUUUCCUUUACUAUGUAAAUCAUUUCAAAUUAUAUUCUUCGUUUUGUGCUAGUCACAGUAAAGCGCAGAAAGUUUUACAUCCGAAUGAAGGUAAUCAUGCCUUACAAGAGUUCCUUGCUGCACGCAAUCCCAAACAGCAGCACAGCAGUACUCUGGAAUCGUACUUAAUAAAGCCAAUACAACGCAUCCUGAAAUAUCCUUUGCUGCUACAACAGUUGCGCAACUUAACCGAUUCACGCGCCGAUGAACACUUACAUUUAUGCGAGGCACUUAAGGGCAUGGAAAAGGUAGCUGAGCACAUUAAUGAAAUGCAACGAAUACACGAGGAAUACGGUGCGAUAUUUGAUCAUUUGUUCCGGCAACACCAAAAGUCAUGCAAGCAACCCAUUGACUUGAGUCCAGGUGACCUACUCUAUUAUGGCGGUGUUGAAUGGCUUAACAUUUCCGAUUUUCUGGGCAAGAUUAAAAAGGGCUUGGAAUUGCAUGCUAUGUGCUUUGUAUUUAAGUCAGCGGUUGUGUUCCUUUGCAAAGAACGUUUGCGACAGAAGAAGAAACUCAUGGGUGUUUCAAGUAAGAAUGCACCAAACGAAGUAGAAAUCAUACGGUAUCAAGUGUUGAUACCAGUAACUGAGGUGCAAGUGCGUGCGAGUUCUGCAAAGGACAUGGAUUCACACUUUUUAUGGGAGUUAAUACAUUUACGUUCACAAUUACAACGCCGUUCCGAAAAAGUUUAUGUGCUCUCAAAUAGUACAGCCGACUUUCGUAAUGCAUUCCUCAAGACUAUAAGACAAAUCAUACGAGAAAGUGUGCGAAACAUGUCAAUUCCAAUGAAGGGAUUCGGUAGCUCUGGCUCUGUGUCAGGUCUCUCGUCGCAAGGUGGCGGUUCGGGUAAUUCACAAACAUUAGAGCGUCCUAAGCAACAGAUAACAAUCAUGCAAGGUUCUCAGACACUUGGCAAGACGAAAAAGAAGUCUGGUUCACAACGUCAUUCCGCUGGCAACAUUGAUUACGAUAAUUUAUCUGGUUGCCAAGAGACAGACGAUGUGCCCAUAUUACAUCACAGUCAACAACAACAUCAAUUACACCCUACCGGUUUCCGAAGUCGUAGCAAAACUGUGGGUGAUGCUGCAGAUAUUACUUCCUCCAAUUUAGACCCACAACAACAUCCAAAACAUAUUAUACACCAUCACCAGCAACAGAUGGGUGAAAUGGAACGUAUGGAUCCUGGCACCAAGUCCGAAGGCGAAGAAGAUUCCCAACAGGGAACUAUCAAAGCAAAAGCCACACUAGGCCGAACUCCCAACCAUUUGACACUGAGCACUACAUCAACCCUAUCGGUUGGCAGCACUGGUAGCCAAGCGCGUCUGAUACAAUCAUCCCAUCCACCAUCGAGCUAUCAGCCAGUCCUCAUGAAAGAUUUAGCCACAACAUCACCGACAGUAGAGGAUUUGACACUCGAAUCCGAUCUACGAGCUGCAAGCGUAGCAGCAGCUUUUAAUUUAAGUCUUGGUAGUAGUGGUAGUCUAUUUACAACUAGUGGUGGUGUAGGGGGUUUGCAUGCAGAUGAAGAUAGUGAGACUGCAGCUGCAUGUAGUAGUUUAUAUUGUCCAAAACGUUUGUCACCUCGACAAUCGCCUAACAAAGAUAUUGAAAUAAUAGAAAUAUUUGCAAAUGAGCUUAGUCAAUUGACAGCGGCUCAACAAGUUUCGGUUGUGCAUCAAACAGCAAAAGAGUCUUCCAAAAAAUCAGGCAGCCGUCAUAGUUCCGAUAGUAAUAACGGUAAUGGGGGCGACGAACAAACACGUCGUUUCAUGGAUAAGCAUUUAAGUGAUCUUGAACACGAAAACUUUACCGAUACGACAUGUGACAUAGCAGCUUAUAUGGCAAACCUUAAAGAACAAACACUUGAAUCACAAGAUUUGGAAAUGGAUGCGCAAGAUCAACAACAAAAUGAUUCUAGCCUUUCACCCGAACCACAAACAGUAGUAGAGAAUACACAACAAACAGUAAUAGCAGAUAUAGAAUCUCCACCAAGACCAGCUACAGAAUCUGAUACUGGCACUACAACUGGUACUUCCGAAAAAUCAGAAGAUGAAUCUGAGGAUGCUGCCAGAUACGCAAGUGCACAUUCCAUAAUUAUCGAUAAAAAAGUCGAUAAAGUCUUCAAAACUAAAACUAGCGAUAAACCACAGAAAUCGAGUAGUGGCAGCAGCAGCAGCACUUGUAGUAGCAGUAUGAAAGGAAAAUCUACUAAAUCUCCACGUCAAAGCAUAUAUAUAUCACCUGAUCGUUCUAAGUCACAAGGUAGUUCUCCCGUUCGUAUAAUAAAAAUAAAGUCACCACGUCAGAGUGUAAGUGACCAGGGAAAGCGUUUAAGUGUCAGUUCCAGUCGAGACUCCUCACAAGAUCGUCUUUCAAGCGGCAGACGUACUCCGAGUCCCAGACGCACUUCAGAAGGCGGCGGUGGUAUAUUAAAGCGAGCAUCAAGUCCUUCACCUAGCAUACUGAAACCACCAGCAAGCCCUAGUAAAUCGAAGAGUCCCGACCGCAGCUGUCUUAAAAAGCUAGCACCGUCUCACGACUGCAGUUUAGAAUCACUUUCUCCACAUUUAUCACCAAGAGAUAGCGUAGAACGUUUAUCACCAGAUCGUGCUGGUACCAAUUUAUGCCAACGUCACUCUCCACGCAGCAGUUUUGAUAGUCGUGCUUCCGAGCCCAAUCUUGAUAUACCACGCUCAGCGUUGAAGUCUCCACGUAGCAGUUUCGAUUCACGUUCACCAGAUCGAUCUGGACGCAAACGUAGCAUGUCUGCACAUGGAAGUUUUGAAACUGGACAAAAAACUUACACUGAGCCAUACUAUCAAUAUUAUCCAAUACAUGACAAUCAAACUUGCAGCGAUCAUUACAUAUCAGCUGCACCCACUUCAAUGCGACAUGAUACUGGCUCUUCAGCACGACGCAUAAGUAAAUCACUAGAGCGGUCGACAUCGCGUGAGAGCACAACCAGUAGCUCAUACCGAUAUGGUGUAUCGCCGGAACGAAUUUACACUAUAAAUACUCAGACCGCAGGCAGUGGUCCUAUGCGUUCACAAUCUGCAGAAAAUGCUUUCGCACGUUAUAGCGCCUAUGAUGCUAUCACAGCGCAACAAUACCAAGCAGCAAUGCAAAGUAUGUACCACGAGCCACAGUGUCCACAUGAACGUGCCUAUCAGCUGAGCACUUCUGCACCCGAACACAGCACUUGCAUUGACUGUCUGUACCAGAAGAGACCAUCCUAGCAUAAGCCCCGCGUACGGCAGAGUCGUACGCGGCAAAAGAAGCCACGCGUUGUGACCGGAAUGCAAGGGGUUGGCAGCAGUGGUGUGUUUAAUCCAGAAGCUGCAGGUGCUGCAGCCGGUGCCAGCGAAGCAAGUGGUUGUGUCGAUUGUCAUGACUACUACGAAAUACACGUUUAAGCAAUGAAGAGGCGCCAAAUACUUAGAAAAUGUGGAACUAAUCUGGAAUCAUUUUGUUGUGCGCAAGAUUAAUUGCCAUCCAAGUUACUCACUUAAGAGAAAAUUUUAACAUUUAUCGAAGACAGGGA